CUUAGAAAGAAACCGAAAGGCAGCUACUGCAGAGAGAGAGAGAGAGAGAGAGAGAGAGAGGGGCCAUGGCUUCCAUCACCGUUGGAUUCUUACAGCCAAGACCCUCCCCAUUGAUAGUAUCACCCACAACCUUUCAUCAGAAGCAAAUCCCAACCACCCUUUUCUCCAAAUCCCUUCUCCAUUCCUCCAACACCAUCUUCUCUUCUUCCAUUUCUCCUCUUUUCUCUGAUAGAUGGAGGCCUUCCUCCGCCAACGCCGAGGCCUUCGAACCCGAAUCCGAACCCGACUCCGAACCCGAUUCCGAGUCGACCCAGAUCGUCGAACCCGACCAAAUUCAAGAACCCAACUCCGAACCCGCCCAACUCGCCGAGGAAUCGAGUGAAGUUCCGAAGAAAGGAGUCGAGAUUUUCGCUGUUGUCAUGGUUGGGUCCCGUCAGUACAUUGUGAUUCCGGGACGAUCCAUCUACACCCAAAGGCUUAAAGGUGCCAAUGUGAACGAUAAGAUUAUCCUUAACAAGGUCUUACUGGUCAGUACCAAAUCCGAAGCCUACAUUGGCAAACCGGUUGUAUCAAAUGCUGCUGUACAUGCAAUAGUUGAAGAACAGGGAUUGAAUAAAAAAGUAGUCGUUUUCAAGUAUAAAAAGAAAAAGAACUAUAGGAGGAAUAUUGGGCACCGACAGCCAAACACGCGGAUAAGGAUCACAGGAAUCACAGGCUAUGAGGACUUUCCAGCAUCAACGUUGGCUGCUGCUGCUUAGGAUGGCAUCCAUUUUCCGUUCUAUGGUCGGCAAAUGGAGAUUGAUUUUGAUGUAUUUGUACCUCAAAAUGUGUAAUUCUUAGGAAACUGUCUGUGUUUUUAAUCAAGGCGCAAUUAUUUUCCUUAACCAUGUUCCGAGUCUGCUAACUAUGGUUUUUGAUGGUUAACCAUGUUUUUAGUCUGUAUUGUUCUGAAUUUUAA